AAACCAAACUGGCACGAUUAGCAUAUAGGAGUUUCAGGACAACUAAACACUCAUCUUUCAGACACAACGGACAUUCCUCCAUGCUCAACCAAUUUCCAAAACUCAUUUCGUUUUCAGUUCUGAUAUCCCAAAUCAAAUCCAAUCCAAAACCUCCCUUCUCUCUCUCUCAUUCAAGAAACUUCCACCUUCUAAAACCCAAAAACAACACAACUCUCUUUCAAAACUCAAAACUCAAAUCCCUAAACUCAACACUCUCAAUCUCCAUAGCCUAUAGCAAUGGACAAAGAGAUCGAGAUCCUCACUCGCCUCGUCGCGAACCACCUCCACCUAGCUCAGUUCGAGCCACUCCGAGCAGUUAUCCUCGCUCUCCGAUCCCGGAACCCGGACCUCGCUCUCGCCGUCCUCCAAACAAUCGUGGCUCGAUCGGGCCGUUUCCAGAACAUUCUAUGGUCAGACUCGUGUCCAUCUCCGCCUCUCCUCACCUACAUGUCCACUCUCGAACUCUUGCAGCAAUUCGACGACAACAGCAAUGCCUCGUCGGCGUGGAGCUUCGAUCCCGAAACGCUCCGGCUACGCGCCGAGUUCUUGUUACUAGUUCAGCACCUGAUCGACCGGGUUUCGGAGAGCAUGCGGAACAAUUUCGAUAUCCAAAGCUUGGAGAAAGAGGUGUUGAACGGGAGCGAGGGUUACGACGAGCGAGCGGAGGUUUUGGAGAGGGAAAAGUGCGAGGAAUUGAGAGAUGUGAAUGGCGGAUUCGAUGAGUGUGUGAGGGUUUUGGAUAGGGUUUUAGAAUUGGGGGUUAAGAGGUUGAAGCCAGAUGCUGAUGUUGAUGUUGAUGGUAAUGGCAAUGAUAUUGAUAUGAGUUCAGUUGAGGAAAGCGAAUUGGUGUGUUUGAAGAGAGUGAUAUUGGAUUACGCGGAUGUUUUCGAUGCAUUGUGUUGGAAUAUACAGCGGCAAGUUAGGGGUUGGGAAGGUUUUGAUUCUGGUUUAGCUGAAACAGCGCGGUCUGAGGAGGAGGGGGAGGCUCUGAGGGUUUUGGGGUUGAUUCAAAGGAGUGUUCAAUUAGCUCACUUGGAUGCUAUUAAGGAAUGCUUGAAGGAGGGUAAUGUAGAUGGAGCGGUUCCUCGAAUUCGUUUUCUUCACACUGAUUAUGGUGUGGAAGAGGAUGAGUAUCGCAUGGUUUUGCAAGAUCUAAUCAGAAGUGUUUCAUCAAGAAAGGGUAUUUUUGGAGACUCAUGGCAAGCCAUGCGAGAAAAAUUUCUAGGGAUCUAUGGAGAAGCUCUCUCAUCAAAUUGCAGAGAUCUUGUUCAAAUGAUUCAGGUGAUUCAAGAUGAGUUUCUUUCUGAAGAGAUUGAGACGUAUAAAGCUCUUGAUGACAGCCAGAUUCCACCUCCUCUUGAGUGCUUUCAAAGAUAUCUUGCAGAGUUGAAAUCUGAUACAAAUAUACAUGAGAAGACUUCAUCGUUGAAUGUGGCAGUCAGUUCUUGCAUGAGAGAUAUGUACCAUUACGCUCGUGUUUCUAAUUUACAUGUACUUGAAUGUGUCAUGGAUAGUGCCCUAUCUGCUGUGAAGAGGGAGCAGCUUCAAGAAGCUAGCAAUGUUCUUAUGUUAUUUCCUCGACUUCAGCCCUUGGUGGCUUCCAUGGGUUGGGAUUUAUUGUCCGGUAAAACAACAGCACGGAGGAGUUUAAUGCAACAGCUGUGGACAAGUAAGUCUCAGGUACUUCGGCUGGAAGAAUCUUCACUCUAUGGUAAUCAAUCAGAUGAGAUAUCUUGUGUGGAACAUCUUUGUGAUAAUUUGUGUUAUCAGCUUGAUGUUGCCUCUUUUGUUGCCUGUGUCAAUUCUGGUCGAUCAUGGAAUUCAAAAUUCUCAUUGUUGUUAUCGGGAAAAGAACAAAUAGCAUUAGCAGAGGAAGUUGCCCAGUCAGACUUUUUUGUUGAGAACUUUGUGUUGGAAAGACUCUCUGUACAAAGUCCGCUUCGGGUAUUGUUUGAUGUUGUUCCGGGCAUAAAAUUCCAGGAAGCUAUUGAAUUGAUCAGCAUGCAACCAAUUGCUUCUCCCACAGAUGCUUGGAAGAGAAAGCAAGAUGUUGAACUCAUGCACAUGCGUUAUGCUCUGGAAUCAGUUGUUCUUGCAUUAGCAGCAAUGGAAAGGUGUACGGGUGAUGAAAGAGAAAGUCAUCAUCAGUUGGCAUUAUGUCAUUUGAAAGACCUGCAGAACCAUUUGGAAGCUAUUAAUAAUAUUGCACGCAAGAUAUUGAUGGUGAAUGUCAUAAUUUCUCUUUUACAUAUGGAUGAUCUUUCUCUGAAUUUGACGCAUUGUGUCUCCCCAGAGAGAGAUUCUAAAUCAUGCUACACCCAUGCUUGGGAAAAUAAUGAUCUCACUCCAUGUGAUGGAGGGAACAAAAUGGUUAUAUCUUUCAUGGGGAUUCUACUUGAUAUAUUAAAUCGCAAUCUUCCGUCAGCUGUGAUUGAACUAGAGCAAGCAUUGAGUGAGGACGUAAUAAUGGGUGGAAGACAGGCCUUAGAGUGGAGAGUCUCAAUUGCUAAACGUUUCAUUGAAGAGUGGGAAUGGCGGUUGUCAACUUUGCAGCGCCUUUUACCGUUAUCCGAACGCCAGUGGAGAUGGAAGGAAGCAUUGACUGUAUUACGUGCAGCCCCCUCAAAGCUACUCAACCUUUGCAUGCAAAGAGCAAAGUAUGACAUUGGAGAAGAGGCGGUUCAUCGAUUUUCAUUAUCUGCUGAAGAUAAAGCAACCCUUGAAGUAGUUGAAUGGGUAGAUAGCGCCUUCAUAAGAGCUUCUGUAGAAGAUGUAGUGUCUCGUGCUGCUGGUGGGACUUCUGCAGUACAAGAUCUAGAUUUUGCCUCUUUACGCUCCCAAUUAGGUCCUUUGGCUGCAAUUCUUCUUUGUAUAGACAUUGCCACUACUUCUGCAAGGUCUGCAAAGAUGUCCCAACAGCUUUUGAAUAAGGCGCAAGUUAUGUUGUCAGAGAUAUAUCCAGGAGGUGCUCCAAAGAUGGGCUCCACUUACUGGGAUCAAAUCCUUGAAGUUGGAGUGAUUACUGUUUCACGGCGUGUCCUCAAGCGUUUACACGAGUUCUUGGAACAGGAUAGCCUUCCUGUCCUUCAGGCCCUUUUGUCUGGGGAAAUGAUCUUUUCUUUGUCUAAGGAGUCCCACCGACAGGGACAAAGGGAACGUGCUCUUGCAAUGCUACAUCAGAUGAUUGAAGAUGCUCACAGGGGCAAGCGGCAGUUUUUAAGUGGUAAGCUUCAUAAUCUUGCAAGAGCAGUUGCUGAUGAAGAAACAGAGCCUAAUUUUUCGAGAGGGGAAGCCCCAUCAUCUGAUCGAAAGGUUCUCUCCAAUACUGACAAGGAUAUUGUUCUUGGGCUUGGGUUAAGAGCUGUGAGACAGAUACCCUUAAGCUCAAUGGCUGGGGAAACUGGUGCACAACCUGUUAGUUAUGAUCUAAAAGAUACUGGGAAGAGGUUGUAUGGUUUAAGUACCAAGGCCACAACGUAUCUAUCACAAUUUAUUCUCCAUAUUGCUGCAAUUGGUGACAUAGUUGACGGGACUGAUACAACUCAUGAUUUCAAUUUUUUUUCCCUUGUGUUCGAAUGGCCUAAGGAUCUUUUAACUCGUCUGGUCUUUGACCGAGGCAGCACUGAUGCCGCUGGAAAGGUUGCUGAAAUUAUGGGUGCUGAUUUUGUGCAUGAAGUGAUUUCUGCAUGUGUACCUCCAGUUUAUCCUCCGCGGUCUGGCCAUGGAUGGGCGUGCAUUCCUGUCAUUCCUACCUGCCCCAAGAGUGGCUCUGAAAAUAAACUACUCUCCCCUUCUUCUAAAGAAGCUAAACCUAAUUGUUACCGUCGUUCCUCAGCGACCCCCGGAAUCCCUCUAUACCCCCUCCAAUUGGAUAUAGUAAAACAUCUUGUUAAAAUGUCUCCAGUGAGGGCUGUCUUAGCAUGUGUUUUUGGGAGCAGUAUAUUGUACUCUGGCAGUGAUUCUUCUAUAUCAGGCUCCUUAAAUGAUGGAUUAGUUCAGGCACCUGAUGCUGACAGGUUGUUUUAUGAGUUUGCGCUUGAUCAAUCUGAGAGGUUCCCAACUUUAAAUCGAUGGAUACAAAUGCAAACUAACCUUCAUCGAGUCUCAGAAUUUGCUGUAGCAACCAAGCAAACAUCUGAUCAUACCAAGCGUAAACCUGAAGCAACAUCUGCUAUUAAGAGACUCCGUGAGCAUGACAAUGAUACUGAGUCAGAAAUCGAUGACAUUGUUUGCAGCACUAAUGUUUCAACUGCUUUGCAAGACUUCAAUGGUCAAGGGGAUGCAGCUCCCGAUCCUUGGCGUGAUUCUUCAAAAUCUGAGUUUGCUGAACUUGAUAAUACAGUUUUCCUUUCUUUUGAUUGGGAGAAUGAAGAACCCUAUGAGAAAGCUGUUGAACGGUUGAUUGAUGAAGGAAAACUAAUGGAUGCUCUUGCACUUUCGGAUCGCUUUCUACGUAAUGGAGCCUCAGACCGUUUACUUCAGCUACUCAUUGAACGUGGGGAAGAGAAUCAUUCAAUCCCUGGACAGCCUCAAGGAUAUGGCGGCCACAACAUCUGGAGCAAUAGUUGGCAGUAUUGCCUGCGGUUGAAGGACAAACAACUGGCUGCUAGACUUGCCCUCAAGUAUAUGCACAGAUGGGAGCUUGAUGCUGCUUUGGAUGUUUUGACUAUGUGCAGCUGCCACCUGCCAGAAAGCGAUCCACUUAGGAAUGAGGUCUUGCAUAUGAAACAAGCUUUACAGAGGUUCAGCCACAUAUUAAGUGCAGAUGAUCAUCAUAGCAGCUGGCAAGAGGUUGAAGCAGAAUGUAAGGAAGAUCCUGAGGGCUUGGCACUUAGACUAGCUGGAAAGGGAGCUGUUUCUGCUGCUUUAGAAGUGGCUGAAAGUGCUGGAUUAUCUAUAGACUUGCGGAGAGAACUGAAGGGCCGGCAACUUGUGAAGCUUCUCACUGCAGACCCUCUAAAUGGUGGAGGUCCAGCAGAAGCUUCUCGGUUUCUUUCUUCACUACGUGACUCUGAUGAUGCUCUACCAGUUGCCAUGGGUGCAAUGCAGUUGCUACCCAAUUUACGGUCAAAGCAACUUCUUGUUCACUUUUUUUUGAAGCGAAGAGAAGGAAAUCUCUCAGAUGUUGAGAUUUCGCGGCUUAACUCAUGGGCCUUGGGUCUUCGUGUUUUGGCUGCCUUGCCUUUGCCGUGGCAGCAAAGAUGUUCUUCAUUGCAUGAGCACCCUCAUUUGAUACUGGAGGUGCUUCUGAUGAGAAAACAACUGCAAUCUGCUGCUCUGAUCCUAAAGGAAUUUCCUGUGUUGAGAGACAACAAUAUAAUUAUUGCAUAUGCUGCAAAGGCUAUGGCUGUCAGUAUUAGCUCUCCCCAUAGAGAACAUCGCAUAUCUGUUUCUGGAGCAAGACCAAGGCAGAAAACAAAGGCAGGCAUUCCUCCGAGGCCAUCUUUUACUAGCAGUCUAAAUAACUUGCAAAAAGAGGCUCGCAGAGCUUUUUCUUGGGCUCCACGAAAUACUGGAGACAAGGCUGCUCCAAAAGAUGCUUAUCGUAAAAGAAAGAGUUCUGGUUUGACUUCAUCUGAAAAAGUUGCUUGGGAGGCUAUGACUGGAAUUCAAGAGGAUCGUGUUUCAUCAUAUCCUGCAGAUGGGCAAGAACGGCUUCCUUCUGUUUCAAUUGCUGAGGAAUGGAUGCUGACAGGUGAUGCAAGUAAGGACGAAUCUGUUCGUGCAUCUCACAAAUAUGAAAGUGCCCCCGACAUUACCCUAUUUAAGGCACUGCUUUGUCUUUGUUCUGAUGAGUCGGUGUCUGCCAAAAGUGCCCUGGACUUGUGUAUUAAUCAGAUGAAGAAUGUGUUAAGCUCCCAACAGUUGCCUGAGAAUGCGUCAAUGGAAACAAUUGGUCGUGCAUAUCAUGCCACAGAGACAAUUGUACAGGGGCUACUAUAUUGUAAAUCUGUGCUGAGAAAGCUUACAGGGGGUAGUGAAAUCUCCACCCAUUCUGACAGAAGUAGGGAUGCUGAUGAUGCAUCCUCUGAUGCUGGUAGCUCCAGUGUGGGCAGUCAGUUCACAGAUGAAUUAUCUGAAGUUCUCUCACAGGUGGAGAUCUGGCUAGGACGUGCUGAACUGCUUCAAAGCCUUUUGGGAUCAGGGAUUGCUGUUUCUCUUGAUGAUAUUGCUGAUAAGGAGUCAUCUGAACAUCUCCGUGACCGGUUGAGUGUAGAGGAGCGAUACAGCAUGGCUGUAUAUACUUGCAAAAAGUGUAAGAUUGAUGUUUUCCCUGUGUGGAAUGCUUGGGGACAUGCUUUGAUACGGAUGGAGCACUAUGCUCAAGCUCGGGUGAAGUUUAAGCAAGCUCUUCAAUUGUAUAAGAGUGAUGCUGCACCUGUCAUUUUAGAGAUUAUUAAUACAAUCGAAGGAGGUCCACCAGUUGAUGUUUCAGCAGUUCGUUCCAUGUAUGAGCAUUUGGCUAAAAGUGCACCGACGAUAUUGGAUGAUUCUCUUUCUGCUGAUUCAUAUCUCAAUGUUCUAUACAUGCCAUCCACCUUUCCACGUUCAGAGAGAUCUAGGCGGGCUCAGGAAUCUGAAAAUAAUAAUUCCUCCCUCAGUUCAGAAUUUGAAGAUGGACCUCGCAGCAAUCUUGACAGUAUUCGAUAUGUUGAAUGUGUGAACUAUUUACAAGACUAUGCACGCCAGCAUUUGCUGAGUUUUAUGUUUAGGCAUGGUCACUACAAUGAUGCUUGCGUGUUGUUUUUUCCUCCAAAUGCUGUUCCUUCCCCUCCUCAACCAUCAAUAUUGGGGGGAGUAGCAACUUCAUCUUCAUCCCCUCAAAGGCCAGAUCCAUUGGCUACAGAUUAUGGGACAAUAGAUGAUUUGUGUGACUUGUGUAUUGGUUAUGGUGCAAUGUCUGUUCUUGAGGAAGUGAUUUCAACAAGAAUGUCAUCAGCAAAUCCACAGGAUGUGGCAGUAAAUCAGUAUACAGCAGCAGCCCUUGUCCGUAUUUGCAUCUAUUGUGAAACACAUAAACAUUUCAAUUAUUUAUACAAGUUUCAGGUUAUUAAAAAUGAUCAUGUCGCUGCUGGACUUUGCUGUAUUCAGUUGUUUAUGAAUUCUUCUGCACAAGAGGAAGCUAUCAAACAUUUGGAACAUGCUAAGAUGCAUUUUGAUGAAGGUUUGUCAGCACGACAUAGAGGUGGAGAUUCUACUAAGCUUGUCACAAAGGGCAUUAGAGGAAAAAGUGCCUCUGAGAAGCUUACUGAAGAGGGACUUGUGAAGUUUUCUGCUCGGGUUUCAAUUCAGGUGGAAGUUGUGAGAUCCUUUAAUGAUUCAGAUGGGCCACAGUGGAAAUAUUCGCUUUUUGGGAAUCCAAAUGAUCUUGAAACAUUCAGGAGAAGAUGUAAAAUUGCUGAGACUCUUGUGGAGAGGAAUUUUGAUUUAGCUUUCCAAGUGAUCUAUGAAUUCAGUCUUCCUGCUGUUGAUAUAUAUGCUGGUGUUGCCGCAUCACUUGCUGAGAGGAAAAAAGGCAGUCAACUGACAGAAUUUUUUAGAAAUAUAAAAGGCACAAUUGAUGAUGAUGAUUGGGACCAGGUCUUGGGAGCUGCAAUAAAUGUUUAUGCUAAUAAACACAAAGAACGCCCUGACCGUCUCAUAGACAUGUUAACCAGCAGCCACAGGAAGGUUUUGGCUUGUGUGGUUUGUGGUCGUUUAAAAAGUGCUUUCCAAAUUGCUUCUCGAAGUGGAAGUGUAGCUGAUGUUCAAUAUGUAGCCCAUCAGGCAUUACAUGCGAAUGCACUCCCCGUGCUUGAUAUGUGUAAACAAUGGUUGGCUCAGUACAUGUAAUUUGUUGCUAGUGAAAAUUACAGCUAAAAGAAUUUGGUUUUGGGCAAAGUGGAAUUUCUGUUAACUUUCAAAUCAAUGAGGUUUCAACAGCCAUUGCUUGGGGAAAGUGGAUUGCAACGAGGUUACUUGAAGACGCCAUCUUCUUGAAAUUGACAACCCUUGAGACAUUGAAAAAGAGGUGGUUUACCUUAUUGGUUUUUGUGCUUGUCACCUUUUUGGUUCUGUUGCCCUUUUAUCUGCUACGUGGCAUUGGUGAGGCUGCUUUUAAAUUGUCAUAGAUUUGAACCAUUGGGUUGGCCCCAUUUUAUGGGUAACAUGCUGUAACGUGGUCAAAGGUUGAAGGAUAUACAAAGAAAAUGUAAUCACAAGGCUGAAUAGGACCGCAGUGAGUCAGGAAUCAUCCCAAGAUGCUCAUAUAAGUUCUGAGGUUGAGACCAUUUGGAUGUAAAAUAUAACGGCACGGCAACAGCUAUAGUGGAUUUCCGUUGCUCUUUAUAGAUUGUGAGAAAGGAAAAAGUAAAAUAGAGAUGUGUAUGUAUGUAUGUAUGAAUGUAUGUGUAUCUAUUCCCUCUAAGGGGUUAAAUUUUGCCGUGUAAAAUAAUUAGCUUGUGCAUCUCUUUUGUUCCUGUAUUGAGUUCUAUAUAUUCCUUCAUGAUUCCCCCAGGGAAGAAUCUGUUCACUUUUCACUAAUGCUGUUUAGAUAGAUCUUCUCAGAGUCCUCUCCAUUCAAAUGAUACUCAUCAGUAAUAAUUUUAUGCUUGUACAAGGCAGUUCAUGAUUCCA